CGGCCGGGGCACGGACGCCGCCGUGUCGGCACAAAUCGGGUCCGGUCGUCGCGACUUGAGCCCGGUCAGCAAGUCGCGAGUCUCUCGCGAGAGCGGCGGCAGCGUGGGGACGCGGCUGUGGCCGCGUGAGCAGUGAACACGAACUGGUGAACUGUGAACUACAAACUGUGAACUGGUUCGCCGCGCGCGCUUCGCGAGUCGUUCAGGUCACACCGGGACGGACCAGCGCCGCAAGAAGGGAGUCUGUCUUAACGUUGAUCGGACCUAUGACGACGACGGUGCCGUGACGCCUCAUCCGCAUCCGCACCAGCGUUCGCCUCACCAUGGACGUCUGCUUCAAGGACCCCGCGGAGCAGCUGUCGACGAACGACACGGCGAGCGCGCUCUACGAAGUCCCCACCGCCAUCAUCGCCGUCCUCUCCGUGUUCUACGGCUCAGUGUCGGUGAUCGCCGUGCUCGGCAACGGGCUGGUGCUCUGGAUCAUCUGCACCAGCCGCAGGAUGCGCACCACGGUGAACUACUUCAUCGGUAACCUGGCGGUGGCUGACAUCCUCAUCGGCGUCUUCUCCAUCCCGUUCCAGUUCCAGUCGGCGUUGCUUCAGCGCUGGAACCUGGCGCACUUCAUGUGCCCCACAUCGGAGUUCUUCGCUACGCUCAGCGUCAGCGUCAGCGUGUUCACCCUGACCGCGAUCGCGAUGGACCGGUACCAGGCGAUCGUCUAUCGCCUGAUCAACCACCAGUCACGGCAGCGGACCAAGGUGGCCAUCGUCACCAUCUGGGUGCUCUCUGUCAGCCUGGCGCUGCCGCAGGCGCUCUGGCUCCGAGUGUGCCUCCACUGGGACGACCUCAUCAGCGCCUACAAGGUCCACCAGGCUGUCCCCUCCCCCAAUCCCGCCACCCUCAACCGGGCAGUCAGACACAAAACAGGCGCAGAGCAGAGUCGGCUGAAGCUGGGGACUCCCCAGUGGAUGCACCAGUGGACUCCACCAGUGGCGUCCACCGUGGACUCUGCCAAUGGAGUCCACCAGUGA